GUCUGCACCGACGUCGCCGACCACAAGAGGAAACCACAUCAGGACGACGAGUCUGAUAUACCCUGGUCCGACGCCGACGAGGAUUUCCACUUGGAGCACAUGCUCCACGACAGGUCCUUUGGAGCCAGCGGCGGCGCCGUGGUGCACACCUUCUCGGGCGCGUCGGCCGUGGUCAACGCCACUGCCUCUGUCACGGCCAGUUCAGAAAUCAGGCGUAAGCGCCAGCAGCAGGGCAAUGCAGCGGCCCCGCCCAUCCGCCGGGCCGGACAGCCGCCCCCGGCGCCGCAGGUGCACAGGGCCACCGUGGUAUCGAAGCCCACGCAGGGCUCCGACAGCGGUGACGAGACGCCGAGGGAGGUACAUGAUGGCGUGA